AUGCUAGUGCCACCAGCAAACUUUGGUAUUGCGGAAGAGGGAAUAUACCGGUGUUCAAAACUUGAGACUUUGAAUCUAUCUUUCAUCGAGACCUUGAACGUGAAGACAGUUUUAUUUGUUGGAGGACAAGAACCUUCAAAAUUCUUCAAAGAGUUUUUCAAUACGACUUCGAUAGAAUGGUGUUUGGUGAAGACUACAGAUUUUUCUUCAGCAGGUCGGCCUGUUGACAAUGCAAAUAAAUCUUCUACUGAUUCAAAAGAAAAUACCAUCAAUACCGACAGCGAUGAUUUUAUGGGUGAAUUGAGGCCAUCAGACUAUUCUCGGGAAAGAAUAGAAGUUAUUUUGCUGAAACGUUUUUAG